AUGCGCACCACGGGGUCGAUCGGAACCCCGGAGCAGUCGUCAGCCUCCGACACCUGCCACGACCUGGACGGACCUGAAGGACGCUACGCUGAGCGGCACAAGCCACCUGGGGCACGGCGCCCGGCACUUAGCGGGCACUCAGUGGAUGCCAGCAAGAGCAGGGAACUCCCUGGGGGCCGUGCGGUGCGGCUCAGAGGGGCCGCCGGAGGGCUGGUCCCCGCCCGGCCCGUCAUCUGGCAACAGCAGGGCAAUUGUGGACCCCAGAAGGGCCCUGUCAGGAGCCAGAACCUGCCUCCCACCCCCAGGAAGCCCCAGCGGAGGCGGGUCCCGGCCUGCACCCUUGGGUUUGGCUCGCUGCCCCAGGACCCUGAGGAGGCUCGAAGGUCUACCUCUCAAAAGUGCCUGCGCCACCUUCUCCACGGAGCCCUCACCUUGCUACCUCCCGGCUCCUCCGUACCAGCCCUGACUGCAUUUAAACCACCGGGUGGGGACCUGCCCCUGGCGGGCCUGCGCGCCCCGAAAUGCCCAGUGGGAGCCAAUCCCAGGCAAGCGGACAGCCCGGUGCUGUUUUUCCAGAGCAGCCCAGCGGAGCUGCGAGGGCGCAAGGGAGAUGAACAGCUGGACUCCCGAAGCAGUGCUCGGGCCAACAUGACGUCACCGGCUUCAUCCCAGCUGGGGCUCGGCCCCUCCUCCCCCCUCCUCCUCCCCUUCCCCCUCCCUCCGGGCCUGGAAUUGGGUUUGGGGCGGGUUCUGCUCCCAAAGCCAUCUCCUCCGGCAGGCGGGCAAGCAAGGGCCGUCCUCUGCUCUGAGCUCGCGUUUUCUGAGGCUCCAGCCGGUGCUCGGGGCUGGCCCGCUGCCCCGGCGGGUCGGCGGCCAGAGGCCGGUGUCGUGCUCCGGGAAGGAGAGACCUCCGAGGACCUGGGCAGCUGCAGCCCUGCCCGGAGGGAGCCACGUGCUGGCUUGUCAGCCUUUUCCUCUAAGGGGAGGUGUGCGGGGCCGCGAGCCGUGAGCGGAGCCGUGAGGAGUCUGGACUCGCCGGGCCUGGAGAUGGUGGGAAACUGUUCCUGGGAGGCCCACCCCGGGGACAGGAACAAGGCAAGUGCUGGCCGGCAGCAGAGGGGGUCCGGGCACCGUCGGGCCGGGUGUGGUGGGAGAGGCAGACGGAGCCCAGGACCUCCUCCCCCUGCACUCUGCCGCCCGGGCCCAUCCUCUGUCAAAGGACGAACAGGUGGGCGGCAGGCCCUGUGGACCGUGUGGCCCCCCAGGUCUCCAGUGUCCUCAUCAGUGAGACAAGCACAGGGAACCGAAGCCUCGAAUCCCUCCCUGUGCAGACCCUGUGCUCCGUUACCACCUUGACCGGCCUUGUUCCGCCUCUCCCCCGUGGAGACGGGGUGGUCAGCUUUCUCCCGUGGCCAGU